UUUCCUCAUGUAUCAUCAUCGUCCCAUGGACUGACUUGUUUGUUGUCGAGCAAGAUGGAGUUCCUUUUGGGAAACCCUUUCAGUACCCCAGUGGGGCAUUGCAUUGAGAGAGCGACGGAUGGCUCCCUGCAAAGUGAAGACUGGACCCUGAACAUGGAAAUAUGUGACAUCAUCAAUGAAACAGAGGAUGGGCCAAAGGAUGCCAUUAGAGCAGUGAAGAAGAGGCUGAAUGGAAACAGGAACUAUAAAGAAGUGAUGUUGGCUUUAACGGUUCUGGAGACGUGUGUGAAGAACUGCGGCCAUCGUUUUCAUGCUUUGGUCACUAGCAGGGAUUUUGUGGAUGGCGUACUUGUAAAAAUCAUCUCACCUAAAAACAACCCGCCUACAAUCGUUCAAGAUAAAGUCCUCGCCCUGAUACAGGCAUGGGCUGAUGCAUUCAGGAGCAGUCCGGACCUCACAGGCGUUGUCCAAAUCUAUGAAGAGCUGAAGAGGAAAGGCAUCGAGUUCCCCAUGUCAGACCUGGAGACCCUGUCACCUAUACACACACCUCAAGGGGUGGCAACUGCUCCAGAGGGCGACACCACCCUUCAUAAAUACAGCACCGCUACACAGCCCGCACCACAAGUUGUCCCACCAGCCUACACAGCCCCUCAGGUCCCCAACAUCCUGGCAUCUGGAGCCAUAAAUCCUACACCUGAACAGAUCUGCCGGCUGCGCAGCGAGCUGGACAUUGUUCGCGGAAACACAAAGGUGAUGUCAGAGAUGUUGACUGAGAUGGUGCCAGGACAAGAAGAUGCUUCAGACUAUGAACUACUACAGGAGCUGAACAGGACCUGCAGAGCCAUGCAGCAGAGGAUAAUGGAGCUCAUCUCUUGUGUUUCCAACGAGGCAGUGACUGAGGAGCUGCUGCACGUCAACGAUGACCUCAAUAACAUCUUCCUACGCUACGAAAGGUAUGAGAGGUUCAGGUCCGGGAGGUCUGCAGCUCAGAGUGUCAACAAUGGGGUGAGUCAAUCAGUCUCUCAGGUCCUGAGUGAGGCUACAGAAGAUAACCUCAUAGACCUCGGCCCUGGCUCCCCUGCGGUGGUCAGCAACAUGCCCAGUGCUGCAGCCCCGACCAGCUUGCCCCCCGCCAUUACAGCCCCGGCAGGGAGGCCCUCCUCCCCGGCCACCCUGGCCUCUCGCCUGGCCGGUCUUGACGUGGGUGCAGACAGUGUGAGCAGCACCUUGAGCACUCUGUCCAGCUGUAAGCCUCCUCUUGCCCAGGAUGACUUUGAUGUGUUUGCUCAAACCAGGACUGGAACUCUGCCUGAGCCGAACAAGACAUCUACAGCCGAAGACAGCAAAGUCCCAGACAGCCUUCCUCCCACUCUGGAAGUGGUACAGCCGACUGCAGGAGCGGGUGUCCGAGGACAGACCUCUGUUAUGGAUGACAUAGAGCAGUGGCUGUGUACUGAUGUGAAAGGAGAUGAAGGUGAAGAAGGCGUGACAAGUGAAGAGUUCGAUAAGUUCCUAGAGGAGAGAGCCAAAGCAGCAGAGAUGGCCCCGAGCCUACCGUCGCCCCCCAGUGGCGAACCAGGAGCAGGGCAGGGGACCCCAAGCCGCAAAAAGCCAGACCGGCCGGAGGACUCUUUGCUCGCCAUGUAGACCCUCCAUCCUCUCAAGCUGCAUCACCCACAAGGAGAGACUGACCUGACACUGAAAACACACCCAUCUCACAACACUGAUCAGUUACACUACAAAGAUUUGUACACACUCUCCGAAACCAAAAAAAAAAAAAAAAAAAGGGAAUCAUUUGUGUUUGGGUUAAUGUAUCACCAGAAAGGGAAGAGAACACACAGAAAAUCUUAUUUUGAUACGCCAACAGAAGAAGAAUCUCCCACACAUGAUGACGUGUGUCAUAGACUUUGAGGCGGCCCUGCUGUCACCUUCCUCUUUAGGUGUGAAGAAUCUCCCUCUGCCUGUUUGGACUGCAGAGCUUCUUGUUGCAGCUAAUCCUUAAAAAAAAAUAAGUUUUAUAAAAGAAGCGACCCGCUGUCCUCGUUAACCGUAGAGAAUCACUUUCUUACCUAAGCCCUUAAAGCAUGCAUCAACACCACGCAACUCUCCCAAUCAUUUACGUUCUCAUGAUUAAAGACAGAAAUAUUAUGUUGUUAUUGUAGGCCGGAUGCGGACCUACGACGAUAUUGUUUUUGGUGUUUGUAUCAAGUCCCUUUGCAAGUCAGUCAGUCAGUCUUGAGUUGAACUGUAAAUCUGUAAAUGACAAAUGUGGAGUUUAUUAGUCAUGUGUAUAUUUAAGCUACAUAAUGUAUGAAAGAGAUGUUGAUUUAAUGCAGAGUAAAAAGAAAAGGGGGAAGAGGGGGGGUUUAUCAUCCAGCUGCUCUGACGAAAGGGGAUGUACCUGAGUGGGCUCACGAGAAAAGGGAACGUCAUUAACUGAAAAAUGAACCGAAUGAGAAGAAGAGAAUGUAGUUUUUUUUUUGCGAUUGGCAUCAUUGCGCACUGCAAACCAACAAAUGUGUUGUCGAUUUCUCUCUGAUUGAACGUGCUGAUUUGUUCAGUGCAAAGAGAUUACGUUGCUGAGAUUUUCUUAGCCUGAAGCUGCUGUCUGACUCAUUUUUGAAGGUAGUUUGUGUGUAACUCCGUCUGCAGAGAAAUACUCUAGUUACUCUUGUUUCAAGCUGGAGGUUUAUCUCUUUCUUUUUUUUUUUUUGCAUAGGUUGCUCUGUAUUAUUUGUGUUCUGCGUUCACAGGACCAAAUCUGUGCUCUCACCUGGAUGUUUGGAGGACAUCUCUUCAUAAUCCGGUUGCUUACGUGCAGCGACGUAAUUAAAAUCACACUACAGAAGCUGUUUUGCACGUUUAGUGCUGUGCAUUGCUCCCGUUUUAUUUGGUCUUUGCUGACCUUUCAACGUGACAUUUUGUUUGCAGAAAUGAGCUGUCUGCAGACACGACAGCAGCGCUACAAAUGAACGCUCCCUUGACAACAUUUAAUGCAACAUGUUCUACAACAAACAACAAGCUGGAAACAAAAAAAAACAAGCACGCACUUUGACGUCAGCGUUACCUUUGGACGUGUGAAGUAGAUCAUUUAACACUAAUGUAAUUAAUGAGGGAAAUAAUGAAGCAGAAGUGUAGAAAUUAUUUAUUUGGAGCUAUUUUUAAUCAUUUUAUUGUAAUAAAGAGAAACAUGAAAUGUGCUGUUCUAAGGGACAGACGCUGUUUGUUUUGAGUGUUUCUGGAUUUUGUUUCGAUGUGUACAUUGCUGCUGGCUAAUGUAUCCUCUUUGUCAUGGUUCUGUUUGUUAGAUAUUCUUGUGUCCACGCAGAGUUUAUAAAGCUGAUUCUUGCUGUAAGAGACUCCCAUUUAUCUCAUGAAGGAUACUGGUUUUUAGUCUUUAUUGCUCUUACUUUAAUGGACUGUAAGCACAUGAAAAAAACAGACGUCAUUAACUUCCUUUCAACACUUUUGACAAGCAUUAACAUUGCACAUUUUAAAAAGGGAAGCCUCCUGUUCCCUCAUUUCAGUGUUGAACGUGUGUGUGUCAGCUGUUCUGUAGCUUUAUAUCAGCUCAUUGAGGAAAAAAAGCAACACGCCUCUAAAUGUGUUUUCUAAAGAAUACAUGUUGUCACUCUCCUGUUUGAUCAUCCUGGUUUAUAUCAGUGACGUGAAACUGAAUCUGAGCGUUCCUGAAUCUCCCAUCAGUUGUCUUUUCUUUUUGCAGGAGAACAAUGUGUUUCCUCGUGCGUCUCUGAAUGAUAUGAAAAGAUGCUGAGAAUGGAGGCUGUGCUGUGCGACUACUACUUUUCCUGAGUUGCCUCAUCUCUCAUUUUUUUUCCUCUGUUUUUUGACUUCUGCAUGAACUCUAAUAAAACACUAGCAGUGUGUCCGCGA